UAUCACCUGAAGAUAUGGGCCCUGACCCUGGGCCCUAAGCCCUGCCGUCACCUUCAAGUUAUCUGUAUCUGGUCAAGUUCAUCUUUGGCCUACUGGGCGGUCCAGGCACGGGAUCGGGGCCCGUCUAUCGGGCAAGUCAGCUGUGGGUAAGCGCGCGCAAGGGGCGCUUGUUUUGGGAGGAACCUCCCUCCCCUCCUCCUCCCCUAUUCUCUUGCAUGCUUGAAAUCAGUCCGGGGAACUCGUUGCGUUGCAUUGCGUUGCGUUGCGUUGCGUUGCGUUGGGCUUCACAUUUGUUCCAUUCACCCACCCGGCACCUCUUCUGGUACCUAAUUUCCCUUCUUUCCCCAAUAACAUUGGCGUUCUGGCUAUUGCUGUUUGCCCUUCUUUUCCAAAAUUUGUUUUUGUUUUGGUGUUGUUUAAUCCGCUCUGGAAGUCGUUCCCUUUCGUCUUGUUUGCCCGACGGAUUCCCCUCCCUCCUCCUCCUCCUUCUCUCCCCCCCCUGGUCGGACUUGAAGUAUCCACCCCCGCCGUUGCUCCUCGUGGCCGUCGCCUUCGUUCUUUCGUCCCUGGAAAAUUACUUCCGCUCUUUGCUAUUGCAACUCUUUGCGCCGACCGCUCUUGACUCUCCUUCUUUUCGAGCCGCACCGGGACGCUGCGCCGUGCCGAUCUACAUUCGCCAUCGGGUUUCAAUGUUCAUGAUUCCAAAAGUCGCUCUUUCGCCCCCGGAACGUCAAACCAAUUGUCAUCUCGACCAGUAAAUUCGCAGGCGCGAAGUAUAGUCAAAAUGACAAGGCCUCGGAUUGUCCGGGCUGGUAUGUGGAACGAGUGGAAGUCAUGUGGCCGUCGU